AUGAUUUCUUUUGACCCUGUUACAACACCAAUCCAUACUCCGCCGCCAUCAUCACCACCACUUCCAACUCUACUGCCACCUCAUGGGUUCAAAACCAAAAAUCUCUGUGAGAGACGGCUGAGGGUGAGAUCAUCAAACUCAUGCAAAAACCUCUGCAAACCUGGAAUCAACACAAGAUCCACCCACAUUGAUAGAAAUCACGGUGGCAGGUCGAUUUCCGACAAGCUGCAAGCUCUGAAGUGUUUGAUUCCAUCUCACAAUGAAAAUGCGAAAGCCGAGGAGUUGUUUGAAGAAACUGCAAACCACAUCGUACUCCUCGAAGGAACGUAUACACACAAAGCUUAA